AUGGAGAUUCUUCCCACAGCACCGGCCUCGCCUACUCCAGCAACGCCAUUUGUGAUUGAGCAAGAUGCAACCCCCGCUCCCUGUCAACCUCGAAGGCAGUUCACUGACUUGAGGACUUCUUUGAGUUCAGUUUUGAAUCGUUUGCUUCAAGCCGGUCUUAUAGUCAAGCCAGAGCCUAGACCCUUACCUGAGCGGAAACCUGAUUGGUUCAAUCCAAACCUGUUUUGUGACUACCAUUCUCAGCAAGGUCACGUAACAGAUAGAUGUUACAAGUUGCAGAAGGCAAUCCAAGAUCUGCUUGAUGCAAAGAAGUUUGAAAUCCGGGUCAAACGACCCAAUGUUGCCACAAAUCCCCUUCCUCAGCAUCGAGCAAUUAAUGCCUUGCAGGAAGAUUUAGGAAAUUUUGACCCGACUUCCCUUAUCAUUUUUCUAUCAGUGAAGAGUAGCCAAGCAGAGGUGACCAAUGUUAGAGAUCUUAGCGGAUUUACUUUCCCCCUUUUGGCUGAUGUUGUCACUUAUAGUUUAAAAGAGUCUGUAGAGUCAGAGUUGAAGGAAGAUGAGAUCAAUGGCUUGUAUGAUGAAUCUGAUUUUGAGACUUACACACCAAAUCUUGGUUUAGAGCUAAAUGCAGUCAAACUUGAAGCCAAUGAGGAUUAUGAUAUCAUUAUCCCUGAGGAAGGGUUGCAGACAAAGCAAAGGUUUUCAGAGUCUGACGACGAGGUAGAGCUCUACAUUCCGGGUGAGAUAAUAGCAGAAACUCAAAGUGGGAAGAACUACAAGGCAGGACUCACAAAACCACCAAUAAUGCCAAAAGAUCAAGGACUAAACAAUAAGUUGAUUGAACCGGAGAAUCAAGUAUUGAGACAGUUGCAGAAGACCCAAGCAAAUAUAUCUAUCUGGGGCUUGCUCAUGGCCUCUCCUACCCACAGGGAAGCAAUGUUGAAAUCUCUGGCAAGCAUCCAAGUUCCAAUUGGGACCAAUCCGGCACAACUAGCAAUCCUAGUAGGAGCCGCGUAUACAAUGAACUCAUUGAUGUUUGCAGAUGCCGAUCUCCCUCUUGAAGGUUCGAACCACACAAGGGCUUUACACAUAACCAUUGAUUGCAGAGGAUGUCGAAUUCCCCAAGUAUUGGUAAACAAUGGGUCGGCGUUGAAUGUUUUCCCUUUCAGGACCUUUAAACAUUUGGGAUUUGAUGAAACCGAGAUGAAGCCAUCUAGUCAAUGUGUUCAAACUUAUGACAACACUAGGAGGAUCGUGUUGGGAAUUUUCACUGUGGUGAUAGUAGUUGGACAGCAGAAUUUGAGGUAG